UCUCUCUCUAUCUUCCAUUUCUUUAUUAAAUUCAUUAUAUAUAUAUUCACCUCUUUUCCUCUUUAUUAUAUAUACGUACACACACCAGUUCAUGAUUUAGAAUUCCCUUUUGUGUGUUUUCGAGACACAACAUAACAGAGGAGGAAACAGAGGGAGAGGGGAGAGUCUGAGUCUGAGUCUGAGUCUCUGUUUGUGAAGCCAUGGAAGCAGGAGAGUGUUGUUCAACUUCAGCGAGUGCAGCAGAGAAGCGAAAAGAGAGGAACGAAGACAAGCCCUACAGAGGGAUAAGGAUGAGGAAGUGGGGGAAGUGGGUUGCGGAGAUUAGGGAGCCUAAUAAGCGGUCCAGGAUUUGGCUCGGCUCUUACUCCUCCCCUGUAGCCGCUGCGCGAGCCUACGACACCGCUGUGUUUUACCUCCGCGGGCAGUCUGGUCGGCUUAAUUUCCCCGAUUUAGUCUUCCAAGAAGACGAACUUCACGACAUGUCCGCCGCUUCAAUACGCAAGCGAGCCACCGAAGUUGGGGCUAAAGUGGACGCUCAACAGAACAUCCAAUCUUCGGAGACUAAAUCGAGUCGGGUUAACGAGAAGCCCGAUUUGAACCAGUACCCGAACCCGGAAAAUUCGGACGAAGAUUGAUGGGUCGUGAUGAUACCCUAUUAAUAAUCCUCUGUUUUUUUUUUCCCUUCAUACUAACAAUUUCCAGAGAGAAUUCUCUGACACAAUAAGAAUUAAAAGGAGUAGAUUAAAGAAGAAGAGGAUUUGUUUCUGGGUAUGUGAAAAUUAAGGAAUCAAAAUCAUGGGGUUCCCAAAGCAUGAAAGAUUUGGAUUAAUUAGUAAUAAUAUUAUGGAUGGACUUUUUAUGGUAUGAU